CAGUUUUUUACUGUGCCGGAAGUAAAACAGAAAAAGAAAACAAACCUCAGCGAGACAGUCUUGAAAAGUCCUCGUCCUUGGCUACAUUACAUCACAGUUUGUUCUUGGUGUAGUUAAUGGUUUGUUGAUAUAACAUAGUAAACAUUAUUAAUGUUCUGAUAAACUCUUCUUGGGUCACGUUGAAGAUUCUCAAAAUAGCUUAGCUUGCUAGCUGCGAAGUUAGCAGUAUUGCUCAGCAGCGCUCGAGUGUGAGUGUAAAGUGGUAUGAUUAUCGUGUGAAAAUGUGUAAAGUUGAAAUGCUGAGAGCGUUGCUAAAUCAGCGACUGAAUGCAGCCGUUGAAGAAGUAUUUGUAGUGUUUGAGAGAACCAUAGCUGAGUACGAGGAGGAACUUUGUCGGACAAAAGAGGAGAACGAGCGCCAACGUCAACUCCUGGAUGCUGUUUUCAAGAAGUCUCGACGCGUACCAGAUAUCAGUGAAGAAGAUCCUAAUCUUGAGCAGCAGGAGCGGAGUUCCGGGGUGGAGCAGGAGGAGCCCAAGCCACCCUACAUUAAAGUGGAAGAGGACGGGGAGCUUCUUCAAGGGCUGGAUUUCUCAGUGUAUCGUGUCAUUGUGAAGAGUGAAGACGAUGAAGACAAAGUUCAGCGUGAGGAGAACGGAAGGACAGAGGCUGCAAGCAGCAGCUCAAGUCAUCACAAGACAACAAGAGAUGAUGGAGGAUCACAAGCAACCAGCCGCUUAGCGCCACUAUCAGAUAGUGGUGACACGAUGUCUGAUACUGACGAUGAACACCCUAAAAGUGAUGUGACAGGACACACUGAUGACAAACAUGUGAAAUGUACUCAGUGUGACAAAACAUUUGGAAACAAGCGGAAUCUUAAACGACACAUGAGAUGUCACACAGGAGAGAAACCUUUCCUGUGCUCAGAUUGUGGCAAAAGAUUCUCUCGGAAGGAUUAUUUAAUAACACACACGAGAAAACACACGGGAGAAAAACCUUUUUCCUGCUCAGUCUGCAACUCAAGUUUUACUUUUCAGUCGGCAUUAUUUCAACACAUGGAAACGCACUUUGGGGAGAAACCGCAAUGUCCUCAGUGUGACAAAACCUUUGGCAACAAGAGAAACCUGAUAAGACAUAUGAGGCGUCACACGGGAGAGAAACCAUGCAUCUGCUCAUUCUGCGGUGAAAGAUUCUCCCUGAAGAGAAGUUUGAUCAGACACAUCAGAACACACAUUGGUGAAAAAACCUUCUCCUGCUCAAUCUGCAACACAAGUUUCUGCUAUCAGUCCGGUUUGAGUAAGCACAUGAAGAAACACACCGGUCAAAGUGUUGAACUCAAGUGUGUGUGAUUAGAAGAAUAACAUCAAAGUUGGGAUGUAUAAAUACAAAGAUAACAGGAAUGAAAAUCAGUGUGAGCAUGUAUUCAAUAUUCUUGCUAUACAGAUUAAGGCCCAUUUACAAGUACACUCUUUGUCCUCUCUAGUAAGACAAAUUAGAGCACUAGUACCCUUGGGGCUCCAUAAAAUGUGGGGGUCUCAGAAGGUUUUUUUUCAUCAAAAGCCCUAUUAAAACUCCUUUAAUGACUAUUGCCAAGUCAAGUUUUAAACUGUUAUAUUCUUAAACGUUUUUUAUUUUAAAUUCUUCCCUUUAUUUUUAUCUUGAUUUUUGUAAAGGUAUACUGUAUGUUAAACUGCUAUUUUUAUUGUACCCUCUGUUUUUAACCUACUGUAGCACUUUGAGACUGCUAUGAAAUAUAGUGCACUAUAAAUUAUAUUUAUUAUACGUUUUACUAGUACACUGAAUUGUCUUACAAGUGAGGGGAAAAGAGCAUACGAGUACAUGAACCUUAAAGGGCAAUAAAUGCCCAACUGACUCUCCAUAGAUAGCAUGUAUAUACAUGGACACAAACACUGAUGCCUGUGAAUAUAGGAGAGGAUGUGUAUUGUAUGUGGACUGUUUUGAUAUGUUGUGAUGUGAUAAACCGUGUUAUAGUCCUGGAGUAUACAGUAGCUCUCUGUUCUUGCGACAUGUAUUGUCAUGCUUAAUGAGUGUAUUUUCAUACACUCAUAAGUAUUUAAUCCAUUCAUCAUCGAAGACCACAACAAUGUUAUAAUAUUGUUCAAUAAAGAUGUCAAAGAUUGUGCAAAUA